UGCACUUGGAUGUAGCAGAAGCCUGGUGACUCAUCAGCCACUGUUUUUUUUUUUCUGUUUUUUACAAUUAAUUUAUUAUAUUAUAUUUAUUAUUAAUUUAUUAUAUCAUUGUAAACUACUAGUUUCUUCACUAAAUUAAUAAACGAACCAAAAGCAAACCUAGAAUGCAGUUUGAUUGUGGCGUAGCUAAGCUGUACCGAUGCUUCAUUGCCUGUAACGAUGGUUCUUUGUUGGAAAAUGGCUUCAGCGACACUUCUAUUUCAUCUGUUGUUUUUCUUAAUCUGCUUCAGAAUAUCGGGUGUAAAGGUUAUUUCUAAUGAUACUACAGUCAUACAUGGAGAAAAGGCCACUUUGUUUUGUCAGCUGACUGACACUGAAGAUCAGCUAACUCGUAUUAUAUGGAAGAAGAAGACACGAGGCAACCCUGAGGAAAAGUUUUUCUUUUCCAUUCUCCCAGAUGGCACAGCUGAAGUCAAAAAUGGAUUGGGGGACAGAGUACAAUUCAUUGGGAACUUUGCAGAGAAAAAUGGAUCAAUUCAGUUGCUCAGAAUGAGUCUUCUGGAUGAAGGGAUCUACACAUGCAUCUUCAACUUAAUUUCUACUGGGCCAUUUGAGACUAACAUCAAUGCCACAGUAUUUGCUCAUCCUGUUGGUGACAUGAAAGGGGAGGCACCUGUUGCUGGAUAUUUCGAAGUGACGUUGGCUUCAUGCUUUGCCUCUAAUGCACGGCCUGCAGCAGAAGUGAUGUGGAGAUUAGGAGAGCUUGAAAAAUAUCUGAGGACUGAAACAAAUCAUACAGUAAACCCCAAUAGGACUGUUACUGUGGUGUCCUACCUACUUGGUGUCCCACUCAAAGUUUUAAACAAGAAGAAGGUCCACUGUGUGGUGAAACACAGCACCCUGCCAGAGGAACUUGUGCUGGACUACACAAUAAACAUCCACUAUCCUCCAGAAUCAACGUUGAUAAUUCCUGACAGUCAAGCAAAUCCUAAAGGAUUCACAUGUGUAGUGGAUAGUAACCCAGAACCAACCAACUACACUUGGACUAGAGUGAAUAAAAGUACUCCCUAUUAUGAAGGCAACAGGCUUCCUGUCCCAAACCUGUCCCCUGAGUUUAAUGGCUUGUACAUCUGUUAUGCUAAAAAUAAAUAUGGAAGUUCAUCAGGUUCUCUGUAUGUGAAUGUUAAUACUGAAUCCAGCGCCGUCUGUUCAGUUCUGCUUGGUUUACUCAUCUGCACUGUUGUUCUUGCUGGUGUUGUUGGUGUGAUAUUCAAAUUCAGACUGACAUGGAUUCGAGUAUCACGUUCCGAUAAUGAAGAACCACAAGCCACUGAAGAACUCUGAACAGGACAUAUGAUAGCUGUGAUGAUCAAGACGAAAUGCAGUCUUUUCGUGUGAAGUGUUGCUGUAGGGUUUAACAGGGAUUGCAGUGUCUCCAGUGUCUUGUGAUCUCUUAUGCAGAACAAAGCCUGCCCUGGAGCAGAUGGGCUGUAUAGCAUUAGUCACUAUGGUGAUGGACAGUGUAAAAAAAAAAAACAUCCACCAUGAACUGAAAAAAUCCAAGGUCACUCUGGGUAGCUGCUUAAACUUGCUUUGUGAUAUAGGCCUCUUGUGUCAAGGUGAUAUUAUAUGAAGUGAAUAACAAGUUGAUAUUUCAUAUCAUGUAUUUGAAGUCUGAAAGUGCAAAGACUUAAAAAUGUUGCUAAACUAUUCACAGUGUUGUGAAGGACAUAUUAAAGCAGUAGAUCUCAACUCCAGUCUUUGGAAAAGAACAUUAUUUUGUGUAUUUGGUGUAAUGUAAUGUGUUUACGUGGUUUAAGGUUCAAAACAUUUUCCACAUACCAUACAGUAUUGUUGCUCCUCUCUGCCCUGCCUUUCUGAAACAAGUCGAUUUU